UAACACUCGCUAAAGCUAUAAUUCGGAGAAUUAGAUAUAAUUUCUUAUGGGCAUAUAUUUAUAAUUCGUUAGCUAUACCUAUUGCUGCUGGCGUCUUCUUUCCUAUAUUUAAAAUUGGUCUUAGACCUGAAAUUGCUAGUUUAUCUAUGGCAGUUAGUUCAAUUAGUGUGGUUUUAAGUAGUUUAUGGCUAAAGAGAUUCAAAGAACCAAAAUAUUAA